AUGUCACUGGUGCAGCAUGUUUCUGCUAUUGACGGCAUCGAUCGCGAACUCGAAUCAGACUUAGUUGACGACUGCGACUUCGCUCACAUUCGCCGAAAAAUCAGCUAUGAUGUUAUCCAACCUCCAAGCGAGGGUAUCCCGGUCGCAGAAACGCGGCCUGGAACACCAGCGUACAAACAUUCCCCCACAAAGGGAAUGGCCCAGGUCGCUGUCACCGUGCUCGCGUGCUGGAGCGCGUCGGGCAUCGUGUUUGGCUUCGCAGCGCUUAAGCCUGUCCUCGUUGAGGAAGGCGUUUUUCACGAGUUUUGCACUCCUUCAGAAAUAAAAGAAGGGCUUGAGCUGUGCUCACAGCAGGACCUUCGACUCAACCUGUUCUUCACCAUUGCUUCGAUAACAGCCAAUGUCUCCGCCCUGCCAGUUGGGACGAUUCUCGAUCGAUGCGGAUCACGCGUCUGCUGGUUCAUUGCCUGCCUGUUGCUUGCUAUCGGCGGUGUCAUUAUGGCCUUUGCAUUCCAUGAAACCGGCUUCGAUGGAUAUAUCGUGGGUAAUUUCUUCCUCGCCCUGGCCGGUACCUUUUUAUUUGUUCCCUCUUUCCAGAUCGCGAAUGCCUUCCCCAAACAUGCGGGCUCGAUCGUCGCAUUGGUGACUGGUGCAUUCGAUGCCUCUGCUGUGGUAUUCCUCUCCUACCGGCUCGUAUAUAAGGCCUCUGGCAGAUCUUUCACCCCGGAUAAGUUCUUCCUGGGAUAUCUGAUAGUCCCCGUGUGUAUUUCUAUCGCACUGGUGACCAUCAUGCCAGCGCGCGACUAUGUCUCGACACUGCAAUUGGAAAACAAAAUGGAAAGGGCCGAAGAUGCCACACGCGAUGUUCACGACUCCGACGAUGAAAUCGAGAGCACGUCGGAGCUAAACAGCGUGCGAAAGAAGCGAGCCGAGCGGCGACAAAAAAAGAUCCGCCAGAUCGAUGGGGUGCUCGGUGAUAGAGAUGAGCGGCAGAUGCGCGCGGAUCGAGAAGAGGAUCGCCAACAGACGAGUUCGGUCUGGGGUGUAAUGCAUGGCCUGCCGGCGCACAGGCAGAUGGCUACACCAUGGUUUAUCCUGAUUACUAUGAUGACUGUUUUGCAGAUGAUUCGCAUGAACUACUUUAUCGCGACGAUUCGCUCACAAUAUGAGUACAUGCUCGGAUCGAGCGAGCAGGCAGAUAAAAUAGGUGCCUUUUUCGACGUCGCACUGCCUGUCGGUGGUGUUCUCUUCACGCCUGCGAUCGGGUACCUGCUUGAUCGCCUCAGUGUGCCAACUAUGCUUGGGGUGAUUGUGCUUUUCACCACGGUUAUUGGUGUGCUGAACUCUAUCCCGGCAGUAUGGGCUGGGUAUAUCACCGUUGUGCUCUUUGUCUUACUCCGGCCCCUAUAUUACUCCGCCAUGUCUGAUUAUACCACCAAAGUCUUCGGCUUUGCUACGUUUGGGCGUGUGUACGGCGCCAUUAUUUGCCUCUCGGGACUCGCCAACUUCUCUCAGUACGGUCUCGACGCAUUAACGCAUCAUACGUUUGAUGGAAACCCAAUUCCAAUCAAUGCUGUCUUGGCAGUUGCGGGAUUCAUUAUUGGAACCGCGCUCGUGACUUUUGUUUUCAUGUCUGUGAGACAGCUGAGACAGCAGGAUCGGGCGAACGAGGAAGAACGCGAGAGACUUCUCUUAGAAGAGAAUGAAGAAGACGACGAAUACGAGGAUGAGGAAGGUUACCGUUAA